AGACACCACGUAUUUACAUAGGUCUGGUAGGCACGCAUACAGUAUUUUCCAAUACAUUUUAACAUGCACCGUGUUCUAUUUAUACACCAGCUCUCGAGCUGAGUCAAUUUGGCCGAAACCACUUCUCUGCUGUCACUUUGGGAUUGUGACAUGCGCAUUGCGCUCCUCCUGUUUAGUUGCAGAGUGAAGCACAGCAGAUUUUGGAUUGCAAUGGAACCGUUCUGAGUGUGUUUCCCUCAUCAUAAUAAACCUUCCAUUUCUAAUAAAAUGGCAACAAGAAAAGGAGUAAAUUUACCGUUAAUAGAAGCCUGAAGUUCCACUUAUAGGAAUUUAGGGGUAUUUAAAAACAAACAGAGGAAGCGUAUGCACUGCCCUUUUGUUGUGGAGUGGAACUUUGUUCAGAAAAAAGAACUCUUGGGACAGGGAGAGCCAGCCAUGGAAGAUUUUGGAUCCGCUCUAGAGAAGAACGCCGCGGAGCUGACAGUCAUGGAUGUGUAUGACAUCGCUGCCGUGGUGGGCCAGGAGUUUGAGCGGAUUAUAGACCAGCACGGCUGUGAGGCGCUGGCCAGGCUGAUGCCCAAAGUAGUGCGGGUGCUGGAGAUUCUGGAGGUGCUGGUGAGCCGAAACAACAUCAACCCUGAAACCGAGGAGCUGCGGCUGGAACUGGACAGGCUGCGCCUGGAGAGGAUGGACCGGAUGGAAAAAGAGAGGAAGCACAAAAAGGAGCUGGAGCUGGUGGAGGAUGUGUGGAGAGGGGAAGCCCAGGAUCUGCUGACCCAGAUCACACAGCUUCAGGAGGAGAACAAGAACCUCCUCACCAACCUCUCCCCCAGGGACGCCAGCAUGACUGUGGAGGCCUUUCACAAGCAGGAAGGGAUGUCAGAGAGGGAGAGGCAGGUGAUGAAGAAACUGAAGGAAGUUGUGGACAAGCAAAGGGACGAGAUCCGAGCAAAAGACAGAGAGCUGACUCUGAAGAAUGAGGACAUUGAGGCACUACAGCAGCAGCAGAACCGGCUGAUGAAGAUCAACCACGACCUGCGGCACAAGAUCACGGUGGUGGAGGCGCAGGGCAAGGCGCUCAUCGAGCAGAAGGUGGAGCUGGAGGCGUUCCUGCAGACUCACGAGCAGGAGAUGAGCAAGCUGCGGACCGAGAUCGGGAAACUGAGGGAGAAACUGCAGGGCGAGCCCAGCCACAACGGAGAGGAGCCCAAGGCGGAAUCUAUCAUCGAAGAGGAAUCUGCUUCAGAGAAAAUGGCCUCAGAGUUGAAAGACCCAAACCGCCCACGCUUCACCCUGCAAGAGCUUCGGGACGUGCUGCACGAGAGGAAUGAGCUGAAAGCAAAGGUGUUCCUGUUGCAAGAGGAGCUGGCCUAUUACAAAAGCGAGGAAAUAGAGGAGGAGACGGGCCCCCCCACUCCGACCCCCCCACCAGUCCUGCACUCCAGACCAGCGACCCAGCCCGAGUCCGGUAUCAAAAGACUGUUUAGUUUCUUCUCACGGGACAAAAAACGCAAUUUGCAGAGAAACGUGCGGUUUGAAGACACGUUCAGUGCGUGGGCAGAUAAAGAGGACGCCUACACCGAACAAGGGCAAGAAGCUUUGCAGCAUCUCUGAUUGAGUGCAUUCGUUAACCUGGACUAAGAAGCAGCACAGUAUGAAUGCUACUGGCCAAUACAAAAUGUGACUAUGAAAAUUAUAAUAAAAAAAAAGAAACUGUCAAGAUCUAAAGGGAACAGGUCUCAGUUAACAAGCCUCUCUCUCUUCUGGCUACUAUGGAUGAUCCAAUACCAACACCUCGGUCCAGUUUGUCCCCCGUAAAAAAAAAUUGUUUAUCAUUCAAGUCACAGAAUUUGGUCGGACACAUUUCACCAGCCAUGAUGAGUGGCAGCGGCUAAACCUUUAAAUGUGAUUUAAAAGAGACGCUAGAAAGUUGCUUGAAACUGCACACAUAGUAAAAAUGCUUGGUUUAUCUAAGGAUUAAAAUGCAUUAAUUUAGUGUUUUAUGGUUGUCCAACGCCCACUAUACACAGUGGAACUAAUCACACUUCACAUGCGGAGAAGUAACCAUGUAUAAGAACAUAAGAAAAGUUUGGGAAUGAGAAAAGGUCAUUCGGGCUUGCAUGCAAGACAGGCAGACAGUGUAUGUUUUUGCAACAAAUUAGGGACAUAUCUUUUGACAGGUUACUGGAAUCGUAGAACGUUCAUCUAAUGAGCUGAGGUUCUGGAAUCCUGCAAGAACCGAGUCAUGUGACUGCUCCAAACGGUACACCCAUGGAAUAUAUAACACCAUAUGAUGAAAUUGAUCUGAAAUACCAGACAUGCGUUUACGACGAGACUGUAAACAGGUACCAGCACAAGACCGACUUCAUGAAGCAAACUUUAGAAAAUGCAAAAGAAAACAACACGUGGAGUUAUAAGUGCUGCACUCAGGAAAAAAAGAUUGUUUUAAUUCAAUUUGAACACGACAAACAAAUAAACCCAGAAGUAAGUAAUGAAUAGUCUUGUAGAAAAAUAGUUUGUGGAACAAAGCAAGUGGAGGGGAUUAUACCCUAAGAUUGGAGUGUAGGUGCCAGAGACCUGUGGUAAUGGUUGGAUUCACAUAGAAAGUGAGAUUGACAAUGGAGUGACAGUUGCUGCAAAGUGUGGCACAAAACAAUAGAUGAAAGAGAAUGAGGUGAGAGUUUCAGAACAGAACCAAGACAGUAACAAAGAGAAAGGCAGUGAGGCAAAGGCAGACGUGUUAAUGAAGUGUUACAUUGUUAAAAAACCAAAUGAAAUCAGAAACCUUUACUUAACCCGAUUAGAAAAAGUUUCAGCCUGUUUUGCAUUUGGGGUGCAUCAUUAAAACUAGUUAAUUGGUAGACAUACCUAGAAUCGCUCCCGAGUUCACCUGGACACUCCAAAUCAUCAGCAUCCCCUCAUUCACCAGCAAGCUCCAGAAAUAAUGUCUGCAAAAGUUACUUUGCAAUUCCGAGAAAUAAUGAAGGGAGUUAUGAAAUGAUCCCUGCUCAAUAGGGCUUGGAGAACACCGUAAAACAGUAUUAUGAAAUUGUGAACAAAAAAACAAAACAAAAAAGCUAUUAACUUGGUCUUCUAAGACCUGGCUAAUUGUUUUGCUUUCUAUUUUUUAUAAAUUGUAUUACAUAAAUAUGAUUACUCUCAAUGUAUAUGUUGGCAUAGUCCUAUGAAGAGGGAUAGCACAGUUUUUUUUUUAAUUGCUUUACUGUAAAACUGAAUUAGGUUGAAGCACUUCCCCUAGACUCUUCACCUGUGCUGUAUAUCCAAGCUAAUCUUAAUGAGCUCUGUUGUGCACCACAGAAGAGCUGAACCUGUCUUCAGCACGUGUUCUUCUGAUCAACCCAGGAAACACAUAAGGAAUUAAAAAUGCCUGGAUUGUGUUAAAUAAAGGGAUAACAGUCAUUUAAAUUCUGAAACAGGGAAAAAAGAUUGCGUUUUGCCCUUGCUUUUCAGCCUCAAGGAGCACAAUAUUGUACAGCUGUAGUCUUGUUAAUGCCUGGCAUCCCAUAAAAAAUAAAAAAACAAAUAAAAAAAAACCAUUUCAUGGCAAUUUAUUAAAUUACCACUUUACUGUAAAGGCACUAGCUUUUCAUCUUACCUUUCAGAGGCGUUUUUGUAUUGUAGAUAUUAGUUAUUCAAAAGGUGAUUUUUUUUCCAAAUCAAUAAUGCAGUAUUGACUCAAGAUACGCCUGCUUAAUAAAGUACUUAUAAUCCUUU